AGAAGCCGGAAUCUGUACAGUAAGAAGAAGAAGAUGGACUACAGCUUAGCGGCUUUGAAGCUACUAUGCAUCCAGUUGAAGGCGGCGCGUCGGACCACCGACUCCUCUCAAUCUUCCAUCUCUCUCGGACCCAUUCUCUUCCAACGCGCCUGGUUACAGGGCGUUGUAAUCUCGCUACCUUCUGCCACCGUCGGCGACGGACGUUUUCUCGUCGAUGACGGAACAGGCGUGGUUGAACUCACUUCUUCCAACGAUAACCUGAAUCGCGAUUGGAAAUUAGGUGCAUAUAUAAUGGUUGUAGGAGGGUGUUCAAUCCGUGAAGAUAAUCUUCCCUUGAUCAAGGUUCACAAAAUUGUUGAUCUCUCUGCUUUUCCCCAUCGAGAGGCGAUGUGGUAUCUGGAAGUCUUGGAGGCUUACAAGCUCUUCUAUCUGCCCGUAAUCCAAGAUUCAUAACCGUUGACAACACAUUGAACUAGCAAUUCUGUUGCGUUGCAUGGAUGCAAAAGCACGGUUUACCCACCUCCAAGGUACGACAUGUAGAUUCUAUAUACCUGCAAAAGGCUAACCGUUUCAACAUAGAUGAGAUUUGAGCUCAAAAUUUCUAAUCUGUUAUGAGCAAGUAUUAACCGCUCACAAACUUAGGUGUUGAUCGAUUGAUGACACUUGGGUUUUGUUUUCUAAAUCUCUAGUUGUGUGUAUCUGUGCGAUACAGCAGGAUGUAGAAUUUUGUUAUAAAUCGAUAAUGGAAAAUUAAUGCAACUCUUCGUAAA